AAGAUUGGCUUUUCCAAAGAUUGAAAAAUCCAGGAAUCCAAACGGGCCAUUAUCGUGGAAUUUUCCAACUUUCCAGCCAUCGAAAAUUCCAUAUUCCAAAACCUUACUGAACCAGAGAUUUGUGAUACGGCGGGCCCACAAAAACGAAUAUUUGUUACAAAACAUUUCAAGUUUUCAGGGCUCCAUUUCCAUGGCUACUGAAGUUGCAGGAUUAGGGUAUUCAUGGCGCUCUUCCUGUCCUUCUACCUUAUACCCUCGCUCCUUCAGAUCCUUACAUUCAAAACCAGUAAAAGUGGCAUUUGCUUCUUUAGCAGAAAACCGGAGCAUUUCCUUCACUGAUUCUGAGACGCAUUUACUCGAAUGCUUAUUGGGUGUCCAAGGUCGCGGGCGCUCUGCUUCUAAAGCGCAACUCCAGGAUGUGGAUCAAGCUGUGCAGGUCCUCGAAAAAUCUGAAGGUGUCAGGGACCCUACAAGCUCCAGCCUGAUUGAAGGUUGUUGGCAACUUAUCUUUACUACAAGACCGGGCACUGCAUCUCCAAUUCAAAGAACUUUUGUUGGGGUUGAUACAUUCAGUAUCUUUCAAGAAGUUUAUCUAAGGACAGAUGACCCCAGGGUCUGCAACAUCGUGAAGUUCUCAGAUUCAGUGGGUGAGCUGAAAGUAGAGGCGGCAGCAUCGGUUAAAGAUGGAAAACGCAUCCUUUUCCAGUUUGACAGGGCAGCAUUCUCCUUUAAAUUUUUGCCUUUCAAAGUUCCGUAUCCAGUGCCAUUUAGGCUUCUAGGAGAUGAAGCAAAGGGUUGGUUGGAUACUACUUAUCUCUCUCACUCUGGAAAUAUUCGUAUUUCAAGAGGAAAUAAGGGCACCACCUUUGUUCUGCAAAAGAAAAUUGAACCGAGGCAGAGAUUAUUAUCUGCAAUAUUGAGAGGGAAGGGAGUAAGAGAGGUCGUAGAGGAAUUUAUAUCUUCAAAUCAGGAUGUACAAAUUAGAGAUCCAGAAUUUGGACUAGGAGAAUGGCAAUUAUUAUGGAGUUCUCAGCCUGAAGAUGAAAGUUGGUUAGAGAGUGCUGCCAGUGGACUCAAAGGUUUGCAGAUGGUCAAGGAAAAUGGAUUAUUAGAGAAUCAGAUUCAGCUGUUUCCAGGAGUUAGACUGCAAGUGCGAGGCAACUACACAACUUUGAGCCAGAAGAAAUAUGAGGUGGUAAUCAACGAAGUGGCACUUGUUCUUGGUGCAUUUAGGUUCCCUCUUGAUAUCAGCAAAAAGGUCAAUGUAGAACUCUUGUAUAUUGAUAACAAGAUCCGGAUAACACGAGGAUACAAAGACUAUCUAACUGUCCAUGUCCGUGUUAAGUAAACAAUAAACUCGGUACCGAAAGAGCAAAAGAUGCAUAUUAGACCAAAAGCUUGACAUUCAUGCAUUUUGUAAUGAUCUUAAUUUGUUGUUAACAUUUGUUUCGCAAAUAUCAUGUACUAUUUUGAAAAUAAAAAUCAAUGUAAUAUAGUAUUUGUCGUAGUUAUAAAGAUUGGCCUUGCCGACUAGAAAUUUGUAAAAUAUUUUGAGAAGAUAUCUAAAUAAACGAAAAAGCA